AGAAAAGGAACAAGAUGCUGGGUUUCUGUCCUUUGCUUUCAGAGCAAGGAAUGGUGCUGAUGCAGAAAAGAGAAGCUGCAAAGGCAGUUUCGCAAUCAUGACUCCCAGCAGUUGAUGAUCCCCAGCACUGGUAUGCUGGACAAUGUCACACAGGGGUACUGGAAUCCUGUUCUUUACAGGACUAGUGCCUAGGAAGAGCUUGUCCCGCCCAGGCUACAAAGGCUUCUUCCCCAUCUCCUAGUGCAGUUUAUCCAAGCUGAGGGUCUCCUCUUCCCCAGCUACUAUGGCUGAGGACACAACACAAACUGACAAACCUGGAGAGGCCUCAUCUAACAUAGCGAGUGCAGAACAAGCACCCAUCUUCCUUAGCUGCUUGGCUGGGUAUCAUCUUCUUUUUGCGGGUGUGGCCUUGCUGCUUCUGGCAGCAAGGUGGUUGCUUUUCCAAGCUCAUUGGGUGCAGAUUCUCCUCAUGGGACUUCUCUGAGGACCUUGAAUGAAAUCUGCAUGGGAUGGUAUAGCUGAACUAUUUGUUUUGCCCCAAUAGGGAAAUGUUGCACUGUUCCAAGCAUCCUGCAAAGCCUUGUAAACGGGCUCUAAGCACUUGAGGAGAAGCCAGAAAUGGGGUGACCCUAAGAAUUGGACAAUUUUACCCACAGCAUCUUGUUCUGAAUGGUCCUGAACAGGUUUCAUCUUUAGAAAGUGGAAUCAUGGAACUAAAAGAAAAAGUUCCUGGGGGGAAACAGACAUAUUCCCUCUGCCAUUUUCUCUUUUUAGAAAAGAGAAAUGGAAAAGAAAGAUUGCAACCCAGCCUGGUGUAGGGAAUAGUGUUGGCUGUGGAGGCAACGGGGUUGGAAUUCAGAUCUCCACUCAGCAAUACAGCUUUCUUCAUAGCUUUUAGCAAAGCAUGCUUUCUUGGCCAAAACCAUAUCACAGGCUUGUUGGCAUAAGAUGGGAUCACCCGGUCUGUAGUCCUUGGAGGAUGGGCAAAUGAGACGAGGAGGUGUGCGUUCAGGAAGCCAGCCUUCCUGCUUUAAAAAAAAGGUGAGGGGAGACAGGCAACCUGGUACACUCCAGUUGUUUUGGACUACCAUUCUAGAAUUUCUGACCAUUUGCCAUGCUGCUUGGUUUGUAGUCCAAAACUUGUGAAGACUGGCAGAAAAAACAUUCUUUUGUGGAAAUACAAUCCCAAAACAAUGCCCAUGCAGAACCUUAAAGAUACUCUGGUUAAAAUCUGGGAGCAGGCUAUUGGGCAUUUGGACUUCUAAAGUGUAUAGCAUUGCAGAAGCUAUAAGAGCAGGCCGUUUAUGCACGGACAAGAGGAGGAAUCCUUUUGGUGCCUUCUUAAAUGUAUAAGCAUCCUCCAAGAUCCUGAAUGUCAGUAAUGGGUGUAAAGCUGUUCAUUUCUUCUGCAAAAUAAAUGAAAGGUAGAUAUAAACAGCUGAGUUUUGGUUUGAGUCAGUGUUAGCUUUACACCCAGUAGGAGAAAAGCUGGAGGCUUCUGCUGUUUAGGAAAAGCUUCACCCUGCUGCUGAUGACCCUCCCCAGAGAUGGGGAGCCUUUUUCAGCUUAGGGCCAGAUUCAAUUUGAGAAUUUCUGCAGGUGCAUUUACAUGCUGGGAGGGGCAAAAGACAGCAUGUUAAAGCGUAAAGCUCUUACUGCCAGAAGCCAAGCCUUUGCAGAAGCAUCUUGGCCUUUUAAAAUUGGUAGAAGGGGAAACUAUACAAAAGCUGGGAAACUACCAAGUGAUGGGGUGGUAUGGACAAAAGGCAUGAAGGAUGGGGAGGAACUCCAGAAGGCCCAAGUUCUCCCAUGCCUGCAGUAGCCUGACCAGACGCAACAGGAGCGUGACCUUCUGGGGUCUCAGAUGCUUUCUCAAUAUUACAGUCUUGCUUUCAUAGACGAGCUGCAAAGGCAUUUUUCGGUUCAUUGUGAACUGUCUUCACGCUCAUAUGCAAUAUUGAUUUGUAGACUGGCCUGGCCUUGUAGUGUCAUUCCUCAAACUAGGACAAGGAGCACUUGUGCUGCGACCAAGUUUGCUUGUCUGGAUGUAUUUGAACCCGGUCUCUGCCAAGUACAGGCUUGCUGCCAAAUGGCGAGGCUGCAUUCUGAAGUGGCUGCUGCCCUUUGCACUGCUGUCUGGACGAAGUGAGUGACUUAUUCCCGGGAGCAAGGAACGCAUUCUCAUUCGGUUGCAGUGCCUUUGCUUCUUGCCUACAUUUGUAGCAAUCAUGAAUGGGGGUGAAAGAAGCAGAACAAAAGCAUUUUUUUUCGAAAAGCCAAAGACUUAUACAGAGUUUGUGGCUGUUAUGAAUCAAGGAAAGAAGGCUUUUUGAUGUGCCAGGCUUUUUUCUCAAUGCACCUCAAACCUUUAAAAAGCUGAUUCGCAUUUAAAUUAAACAUACUGCAGCUCCCCUUAAUUAAUGGAGCAUUCCGUACAGUUCAAGUAUUCCAGCAGAAUUUACAUAGCUCUGAAGCUAAUUCUUUAACAAACGAGAACGACUUUCUCUUCUGCAUGUGUUGGUGUUCAGGUCCCAUCAACCACAGCCAGCACAGCCAGUGCUGUGGAACAGGGGACAGGGUCUGUCUAUCCCAGCCACCCCCCAAAAUAUAGCUGAGCAGGCACAGUUAGGACUUUGGGUGGCGGGAGCUGAGGAAGAUUGGAAGGGACAGAAGGAAUGGUGCAUCAUGAAGGAGGGUGAGGCUGGUUGGCUGACAGUGGCUUGGAGAACUCUGCACUGCAGCGUCCUCUGGCAUUUUGCAGCCCUUGAAAUACACCUGGUAAAACAUUGGCAUUAGGUGGUGCUCAGAGUGCUAAGCAAGCUGCAGGCCAAGUUCGUGUUUUGCACUGGGAAUGCAACUGCUGGCUGGAGAUUAUUGGGGGAGGCAAUCAAAACAUCUAGGAUUGCGGAAAGAUUGGGCAAUUGACUUCUAGACUGCUUUCCUCCUCUGCAGUUUCCCCACUGAGGCCUGCCUGGUGCCAAAUUUAUCAUCCAUUCAGUGCCACAUUAAGACAGCCCUUUAUGCCAAGGUCUUUCUUGGAAACCCAGGGGCUUGAGGGAAUUACUCAUCCCAGGUGUUUUUACAGAGUAAUUCUUCAUUGUUGCUUGUUUUUACCUCUUAGGAAAAUAAGGAGAGCUCAACACCAUAUUAGUGCUGUGUCAGUGUGUCCAUCUAUGCUGUUUUCCAUUGUAUGGUCAUUUCUCUGGCAGCCUCCUUGGCUUCCUGCACUUCAACUAAAGCCCAGGGACGGGCAUCAUGUGGCAAUUCCUCCUAUUGGACGUUCUCAGAUCAGGAAGUCCAGGCAGCCUGGGAGGCUGCAGAGCAAUGGAGAAAGGUACGUUAGAAGCAUCCUUAGCCACCUGGCCAUGCUUGGGUAAGCUCAAAACCACUACCAAAGGAAAACACCCUGAGAAGGAGUCAAAACAGUGGAAGUCUCUUUCACGGGAGUAGAGAGCGCUCAGGAGAUUGGAGGCCACACAGGGCAUGGCACCAAAUCCGCCUCUUCCCUGGAGCUGCCCCCAUGUGCAUAUCCACACACAGGUGGAUGCAAAUAGGGAGCGGCUUGCCGGCACAAUUAAGUCUGUUGCCAUUUGUAAUGGCAGCAGUCCCCCUCCCCAGAAAGAGACGCUUUACAGAAAAAAGAAAAUAUUCUCAUAUUGACAAUUUCUCCCUGGAUAAUUUUUUUGAAAUUGUCCCCUGAACAUGCAAUUUAUCUGCCUACGAAUAGGAUGGAGGAAUUCAAGAGACCAUUUGUUUAUGCAAAGCCUAUCGAUAUUGGUAUUUUACUAGGGAGACUGAAAAUGCAAUUUGAGCUCCAGGUAAUUUUAUGGUAGCACAAAGAACCCAUAAAUAUUAAAGUGAUUUUAAAAGGAGACAGUGGGGGGAAAGGUGCUUUAGCAAGGGAACUGACAGUGGAGCCCCCAAACUCUUGGAAAAUUAUCAAGAUUUUAGGUGUUUUUAGAUGUUCUGGAGCGACUGAUUCUGAAUUGAGCAAGCAAUUUGCCCCCCUUUUUCGUAUGUUGUUUUGCAGUUUGGGAAUGCUUCCUAGGAAAACUUUUGUUGUGUAAUUGUCCUGCCCCCUCCCCCACAGCACAAAAUUUUAUGAAGACUCCAGAGGUCAUCACUUUCCCUUUGAAAACCUUGCAUGGUUUCCCACCAUCUUUCCCCCUUACCUACUGAUAUGGUCAAGAAGGAAGCUGCGCAGUGUCUCUUGACUGGUGGCACUAGAAGGCACCCAUCUGGAAGCAUCCCAAGGCUCUUAGUCAUUUCAAGAGGGCCAUGGGCCAAUGUUUCUGACCUCUUGUUGAGUUGUAUGGCCUCCAAGGGAGCUCUGUGGCCCAAUUGCCACAGAAAUUUGGCAGAUACUCCGACAAGUUUAACCAGAAGGCGGGGCUUAGUGUGUUACUAUCUGGGGCAAGCAGUGUGUCUACCAGUGUCAAGACAGCACAGCUGCAUGGUCUCCCUUGCAGACACUCUAGUACGGACGACGGGACUUCUUCGGUCUGUUGUUUCCCUCUCUUUAUUUUAGCUUACAGACUGAGUUCAAUUAUGACAGCCAAAAGUAAAAAGGUGAUGCAGAAUGGAAGCCCCAAGGAAAGUAAUGCACUGAAAAGGUUCCUGCGUCUUCCAGUGGUGAAUUCGGCUUGCAACAGCCUCCAGAAGUUGUAUACCACCACCAAAGAGGUCCAUCCCCUCAUGGCGUUAGUGUGCGGGGCCUAUGAACGAUGCGUCCAAAGUGCCACAUCUCUGGUUGCGUGGAGCAUGAAACCUAUGGCACACCAGCUGGGCCCUCCAGUUGCAGCAGUCAAUGCCCUGGCAUGUCAAGGUCUGGACCGCUUGGAGCAGAAGAUCCCUGCCCUCCACAAGCCAGUGGAGAAAGUUACUUCAGAUGUAAAGGAUUCCAUCUUAACUUACAUCCAAAGUGCUAUUCAGUCCCUCAUGAAUAUCUUUGGAGCCUUUGGAUUAGUUGCCAGAAAUUAUGAAGAGUGCAAAAUCAGCAUGAACAACACCACAGAGUACGUCAGGAGCAGCCAAGUAAGCCAGGUGGUGGAAGCUGGAGUAGAUGCAACUCCUGCCCAUGAACCUCCAGAGAAAUGUAUGUCUAAGGAAGCAUUUCAGACCAGUGCCUUUGGGAAGAUAAGAGCAUUUGCUGCUACUGUUUCCCAGCAUCCCUACAGACAGAUAUCCCGAGCCAUCCAGCAUGCAAGAGACAAAGGAAAGGCAUUGGCUAUGUGGAUUCCCAGUCUGCCAGUAGAGAAGGCAGAGAGGCAAAAGCUGCAGGGCAGCCUGACUCGGGGACUACAUACGGCCUGUGCCACCACCGUCUCGCGCCUGAGGAAUGCCCCCUUCUUGCCUUGGAACGCAGCUGUGCCGGUUUGGCUAUUCUCUCCACAGGAGGCCUUGUCUAAGGCUGGAGCCAAAGUGGGCAUGUUGGGGACCACCUUGCGCAGCAUCACGGGCAGCCUGCUUACUACCACCUUCCUCUAUGUACCUUUCCCAAAGGUCUUGGUGGAAGAAGAGAGAGCUGCAAGCAGGACCGUGGCUGAUUCUGGGCCAGGCCAGCAGCUGGAAGACGCUCCUUCCAUUGCUGCCCAUCCCAAGGGGAGUGAGUUCAGUUUUCUACUGCACGGGGAGAGGCGACUGAGUCGAGGGCACUUCCCCAUUCCCUUCAUCAAUCUGGAUGAUCCUCCAGUUCCACAGCAAGCUCUUGAACAUGGCCGGGGCCUUGCUUUUGAAAACGAGCAUCUAGGAUCCCGCAAAUCAGCAUUCUCUCCUUAUACAGAUGGGGCUUAUAGCAGAAGACGCAGUGAAGGUUUCUUGCGCACCAACCCCGAAGUGAUGUAUAGCAGGGCUCAAUAUACAGGACUCUAUAGCACCACCUUCAAGAAAGACUGAGCCAGGGACCAUCUUCAUCAGGGCUGUGCAGAAGAUCGUAGAUGUCAGGGGCUUGAACUCUCAGCAUUGCUAGCAUUGGCCAUGCGGGCAGGGACUUCAAGGAGCUGAAUCCCAGAACUGUUGAAGUCUCUUUACUCCCGUCUCCUCCUAUUCCCCCUCCCCAUUCUCUUGCUGAUCUCCUGAGACUUGCUUUGUGCAGAAACCAUGAAAUGUCCGCUCAGCUUAUGUACUGCCACAGACAGCAGGUGUGUGGGCAGCUUUUGCCCUUCCUCUUCCUGUCCACGCCUGCUGCCGGCUGCUUCUUGUUUCCCACGCCACCAUUACCUGGCAAAGUGUGUCUCUUCUCCCCUCCGCACCUGAAUGAUUGCGCAUGGAGCUGGUCUUUCAGUCAGCCUACCGGGCAGCCCCUUCCCUGUGCCCCUCUGUCAGGGUCUGGAGACUGGACCCAGCUGCCCCUGGUGCAGAGUGCUGGGAAAAUUUAGAUAAAUGCUGGCAGAAGAGGGAUGCUUAUGUAUCUUUGUGUUAUAAAAUUCCUGCACCCCUUUCUUAAGAAGCACCCCAAAAAAAUCCAAGCCAGGUUACUGUUUGGCAUUUGCUGUUACUUUAAGAAGCAGGACUUGAUGGCUUAGCCAAGAAGCUUCCAGGGCUGUUGUUUUACUGAUCAGUAAGAACUGGUCAGGCUGCAUUGCAAUCACCCUCAUUUGUAUGCCAAGACUCACAAUAAACCUAUGACCAUUAUGUUACUAUCCUGCAAUCAAAUGCCAUUGUAUUGAGCCCCCUCUGCAGACCCCUCACCCUCUUCUGACUGUGUUCACCU